AUGUCAUCAGCGUCCGCUCCGAAGACCACUAUCUUCGUGUCGUCCCGCAAGAGCCCGUUGGCUAUGGCGCAGACCAAUGCUGUCAUCUCUAUGCUCGAGUGCCGGUUCCCAGAUCUCCUCUUUGUUGUGGGACAGGAGGACACGAUGGGCGACCAAGUCUUGGACCGCCAUCUAAGCGACUUGGGUACAUCCACUGCCUCUGGUCUCUUUACCAAGAGUCUCGAGGAAGCGCUGCUCGCCAAGACUGCCCACUUUGCUGUCCACUCGCUGAAGGACAUGCCGACAACGCUACCGGCUGGUCUCGUGCUGGCUGCCAUCACGAAACGAGAGAGUCCUGAAGACGCAGCGAUCCUUCAUCCCAAGCACAAGGCCAAGGGCCUCACAACGCUCAAGCAGCUACCAGAGAAGAGCGUGAUUGGCACUAGUUUGCUGAGACGCGAAGCGGUGAUACGGAGUCAGUUUCCCAGCGUUGAGCUGCCGAAGCGCAUUGCGGCUCUGGCCGUGCAGCCCAAGAAGCACUUGACGUUUACGGCCUGUGGCCGUCAGAUCAUUGUCUGGAAGCGAGUCGAGCAGAUCAAGACGUUGCUGGGCCACAAAGGAGCUAUUCAGCAGCUGAUGACUGUGGGCACCAUUUUCUUUUCGCUGGACGACGCACGCAGUAUCAUCAUGUGGGACUUGGACACGAUGGAGAUCAUUGACAUGCUGAGUUUCCCAGUACACUUUGAGCCCACGACAAUGCUGCACCCCGACACGUACUUGAACAAGAUCCUUUUGGGGUCGAAUGCAGUGACAGCACUGGAACAGAGUCCUGCAGUGGACGUUGUUAGCAUCGGGCUGGCAGAUGGACGACUGAUGGUGCACCACUUGCAGCUGGAUCGACGCGUGCUGGACUUCCGGCAGGAUCAGCAAAGUGGCAUCACGGCCGCGUCUUUCAGAACAGAUGCAGUUGCUUCGACGACGCCUUUGGUGGUCUCGGGGUCGCGAUCGGGUGACAUUGCAGUGUGGAAUUUGCAAAGUAAACGUCUCGAGUCGGUGAUUGCGAAUGCGCAUGACGGCGCUGUGAUGUCGCUGCAGUUCCUGGCCAACGAGCCGUUGUUGUUGUCUGCAGGGACCGAUAAUUCGAUCAAGUUGUGGAUUUUCGACCAAAUUAACGGGGGUACAGCUCGACUGCUCAAGUCUCGUGAAGGUCACCGUGCGCCACCGACGCGCAUUCGCUACUACGGGAACAACACGCUUGCUACAAUGUCGGACGGUGCUGACGGCACAUGCUGCCAGAUCUUGUCGGCCGGUCAGGACCGCGCCUUCCGUGUCUUCCACACGGCGCGCGAGCAGCAGAGCAGGGAGCUAUCGCAGGGACCAGUUCUCAAGAAAGCACGUAGUUUGAAUGUUCGCGUCGAUGACUUGAAGCUGCCGCCGAUUGUGCAGUUUGCUGCUAUGGAGACGCGAGCGCGCGAUUGGGCGAAUGUCAUUACGUGCCACGAAAACGAGAUUGCCGCUUACGUGUGGCGCUUUGAGCACCGCGCUAUUGGCAAGAAGGUGCUCCGACAGUUUGAUCCAUGCAACCGCGUUCCUCCGGGUAGCGCAGAGGAUCUACGCCGCAAAAAGACGCAGGCAACUAGCGUGGCUAUCGGUUCGUGUGGCAACUACGCACUCGUCGGCAGCUCAAGCGGAGCUAUCUUCCAAUACAACAUACAGUCCGGCGAAGCCUGUGGCUCGUUUCCGGUGGCACUGACGCCGAAGCCGAAGCUCAUUAGCUCGCUCGUGCUACCUGGAACAGAUCUGUCAGUGCUGCAAGACGACGAGCAGGACGAUACCGCUAUGGAUGCUCACGACGGACCCGUGAGCGCCGUCGCUGUUGAUGCGCUGAACGAGACCUUGGUUUCUGCCGGGAUUGACGGCAAACUGAAAUUUUGGGGUCUCAAAAAGCACGAACUGCGUCAUGAGAUCAACGUGGACUCUCCUGUCAGCCAGAUGGAGUUGCACCGCGAUAGCAACUUGCUGUGCGUAGCGUGCGACGACCAAAUUCUUCGUCUGUUUGAUGCGACGACGUACAAACUUGUGCGCCGUUUUGCAGGACACUCACACGGCGUGACAGACAUGACUUUCAGCUCGGAUGCGCGGUGGCUUUUUUCAUCGUCUGCUGACGCAUCGUUGCGCGUGUGGGAUAUUCCAAAGGGCAAGUGCGUCGAUUGGAUGCGAUUUCAGAAACCUGUGACUGGCUUAGCUGUAUCCCCUACAGGCGAGUUCCUUGCGACCACGCACGUGGGCGACGUUGGCAUUUUCUUGUGGGCCAAUCGCAGCUUUUUCACCGAAGUCUUUCUUGAUUCUGAGCCGACCACGCCUGUGCUGAUGGACAUGCCCGUGGCUUUGAACGAGGUCGACAACAGCGACCAUCUCGACUUUGGCACUGAACGGAACCCUCGAGUUUUAGUGGCAAGCGCUGACGAAGCGCGGCCAGAAAGCGUUGUAGAUACAAGAGGUGAAGAGAGCCCGGGGCCGCUCGAUGCUUCGCUCAUCACGUUGUCAACGGCCCCACGAGCAUUUUGGCAAACUCUCUUCAACCUCGAGCUUAUCAAGAAGCGCAACAAGCCUAUUGAGCCUCCCAAGGCACCGGAACAUGCUCCUUUUUUCCUUCAAACCGCGCGUAAGGACGACGUGCAGCCUACGUUUGUGCCUGUUGCACCCAAGUCCAAGGAGAGUGUUGUAAACAAAGAGGGCGAUGACACGAUGCUGGAAAACUGGGGGGCUCAGGAUGACGAUGCGGCAUGGGGUGAUGAUGAUGGCGAAGACCUGGAAGAGGACGCUGAAGUAGCUGCUCCAAGCUCGCGGAUUGUCAAAUCAGAAGGCAUGGUUACUUCCCGCUGCAAGCUGGCAACGUUGCUGGCAAAGUCGGUGCAAGAUGACGACUAUAGUGACCACGCGGCCUCGCGCUUUGCUAAGGUGUCGGCGUACAUGCAGUCGCUCUCUGCGUCCGCAGUGGACGUCGAAAUGAGCACGCUGUGUAUGGGCGCCUUUGACGAGGAGGGCAAGAAGCUGUUGGCUUGUUUCCUGACAUUCCUGCGCGAGGAAAUGCGUACUCGACGUGAUUUCCAGGUACUUCAAGCUUACCUCAAUCGAUUCUUGAAACUGCAUGAGGAGCUGCUCGUGGCGGACCCAGUGUUGUUAGCACAAGCAGACGAGCUGGGAGGUGUGCAGCAGCAACAGUGGCAGCAUCUGCAGAAGCUACUGCACAACAAUUUGUGUCUGGUGCAGUACCUCAGCAAGAUUCAGAUGUAA